AUGGCCCGUGACCGCCUCUCGGAAUAUCUCGAGAGCAAGGACACCGUCGCCGUCACCAAGUUCGGCUUCCGACCUCAUAUGUCGGCACAAGACAUCCUUUUACAGCUUCAUGACGAGAUCCUCGAACCCACAGAACACCCACAUAACGACAAGAUAGUCCUGGCACUCGAUCUCAAAGGUUCCUUUGAUAAUGUUAAGCACGCCGUCUUACCAAAGCAUCUUGCCGAGACCAACUGCGGCGCUCGUACAUUCAACUAUAUCAAACAUUUCUUAAUGGACCGCUUGGCCUAUAUACCGUUUGAGAUGGGAACACGGGGAACACCACAAGGCGCUGUGUUGUCCCCGCUUCUCAUUAACAUUGCCAUGACACACAUCCCAGAAGAACUGGCGGGUGUCGAUGAUGUUCAGCAUGCACUGUACGCCGAUGACAUCACCAUCUGCGCCACUACGGGAAACAUAGGACAGAUGGAGGAAUGCCUGCAAGCAGCGGCGAGCUUAGUAGACCACUAUGCCACGCACUGCGGCCUCCAAUGCUCCCCAUCCAAGUUUCAAUUUUUUCAUAUUCGACCUUCCCCGAAAUGCAAAAUCUCAGUUCAGCUUUCUCUCGCCAGUGGCCCCAUGCGAGAAGUGGAGGAGAUUCGAAUACUCGGUCUCUUCAUUAAUCAACAUCGCAAGGCCGAAACAACUCUUGCCAAACUCCGCAACGACGGCGACCAGGUGGGCCGGAUGGUUCGCCGCGUUUCCAACAAGCGAGGAGGGUUGCGAAGUAAGGAUGCGGUGCGGCUCGCACAUGCACUGGUAACUAGUAGAGUACUGUACUCGACACCAUACGUGCGCUUACGGAAACAUGACGAAGGUUGCUUGGAGUUUGUGCUCCGCAAAAUGCUCAAGAGAGCCCUCGACCUCCCUAUCUCCACUUCCAACACGCGCCCUCUCACGUUGGGGGUGGUGAACACCUAUCGGGAACUUCGCGAGGUGCAUCUCGCUAACCAGUGCACGCGUCUCGCCCAGGCCAUGUCCGGUCAUCGCCUCUUAUACCGGUUACCAUGA